ACUAACAGUGUUCAUACGAAAAGAGAGAUACCUAGCCUUGUCGCCUUUAGCGCAGCAUGUAGGUAUUGUAGAGACCUCAGACUCGAGACCACACACACACGCACAAAAACGUAGAUCCCCUGGACCCUGACAUCAUCCCCCUCCCGGGGCCCUGAUCCCGCAAGACCCCCUGUCUGUUCACGAACCUCCCACCCCGCGAUGAUGACAUGCCCAAAUCACACAAUCUACCAACAUACGCCAUCUGACAUACCUGAUCACCUCCAAAAUCGCAUUCCUGAAUAGAACCACCAAGAAAGCAUAUAAACCACCCUCCAACCCCACCUACCAUCAUCUUCCCUCCUCUCAUCAUCAGCAUCAAGCUACCAAACAACCAAACCCAACAAUCCAAACAAACAACCACCUGACUGCAAGUCAACCCCAUCAAACAAAACAACCAAACAAUCAAAACCACUUGAACCAAACCUCCUUCACUCCCCAAAAAAAACCGCAACCAUGCCUCUCAGAUCAACCCGCCACACAACCACCACCGCCCCCCGCCGCAGCAUCUUCUCCCGCCGCGCCCCCGCCCACACAACCCACCACCACACCACCGCCACAAAGACAACCCGCACCAAGCGCGGCGGCGGCCUCUUCUCCCGUCGCCGCGGCCCCGUCGUCCACACGGCCCCCGUCCACCAUCAGCGCCGCAAGCCCUCCAUGGGCGACAAGAUCUCCGGUGCCAUGCUCAAGCUCAAGGGCACCUUGACCCGUCGCCCCGGCCAAAAGGCCGCCGGCACCCGCCGCAUGCACGGCACCGACGGCCGCGGCUCGCACCGCGCCCACCGCUACUAG